AUGGACCCUGCUUCUCUUGCACCUUCUGAAAGGCACAGGCUCUGCUUCGACACCAUGCGGCACCUAAUCCUGAAGGCCGCGGAGCACUACAAGAGGCCCUCCGUCGCGGCCAGCCUCGGGGCCCCGAUCUUUGCCGUGCCCCUCAGCAGCGCCUCCAGCGGUCGGCUGCUCUCCACGUUCCCCUCGGUGGAGCCCUCCACCCUCGUGGCCGAGUGCGGGGGCUGCCUCCUGCGGGCCGAGCGCGCGCCCUCGCGCGCCCUUGCUGGGCACGACGCGGGGGACGACGGCGGCGAGCCCGGCGCCUGGAGCCCCUUCGCGCCUGGCAGCCCGUACGAGUACAGCGUCACGCUGCUCGAGAGGUUCCAAUUCGCGCGGGCGUGA